GAAAAAAAACUGUAAUAAAUAGCAGAAAAAUAGCAGAGUAACCCUCGCAAGAAAGAAAGAGGUAGUUGGGGCUUCCAAAAAACCACUAAAACCUCGUGCUCUCUCUACUACUGUUCUCUACUAGUGUUGGUGAUGGCGAACAUUGAUAUCGAAGGGAUCUUGAAGCAGAUUCCAAACGAUGGCCGCGUUCCGAAGACGAAGAUCGUGUGCACUUUGGGUCCGGCAUCGCGAUCUGUUGAAAUGACUGAGAAGCUUCUCAGGGCUGGGAUGAACGUUGCUCGCUUCAAUUUCUCUCAUGGUACUCAUGAGUAUCAUCAGGAGACUCUCAACAAUCUCAGAACCGCUAUGCAUAACACUGGAAUACUCUGUGCUGUUAUGCUUGAUACCAAGGGACCUGAGAUUCGGACGGGCUUUCUGAAAGAUGGAAAACCUAUUCAGCUCAAAGAAGGACAAGAAAUCACCAUAACUACAGAUUAUACUAUUAAGGGGGAUCCGGAGAUGAUAUCAAUGAGUUACAAGAAACUGCCUGUUGACGUGAAGCCUGGAAAUGUUAUACUGUGCUCUGAUGGAACAAUCUCCCUCUCUGUGUUGUCUUGUGAUCCAGCUGGUGGUACUGUUACUUGUCGUUGUGAAAACACUGCAAUGCUGGGUGAGAGGAAAAAUGUUAAUCUUCCUGGUGUUGUUGUGGAUCUUCCCACUCUUACUGAAAAGGAUAAGGAGGAUAUUCUUCAAUGGGGUGUCCCUAACCAGAUUGAUAUGAUUGCUCUUUCAUUUGUUCGUAAGGGCUCAGAUCUUGUAAAUGUCCGGAGGGUCCUGGGGCCACAUGCAAAGCAUAUCAUGUUGAUGUCAAAGGUUGAGAAUCAGGAGGGAGUCUUGAAUUUUGAUGAGAUCUUGCGUGAGACUGAUGCAUUCAUGGUUGCCCGUGGUGAUCUCGGAAUGGAGAUCCCAGUUGAAAAGAUUUUUCUGGCACAGAAGAUGAUGAUAUACAAGUGCAACCUUGUUGGCAAGCCUGUUGUCACUGCUACCCAAAUGCUUGAAUCAAUGAUCAAGUCCCCGCGGCCAACCCGAGCUGAAGCAACCGAUGUAGCUAAUGCAGUUCUUGAUGGAACGGAUUGUGUCAUGCUUAGCGGUGAAAGCGCAGCCGGGGCUUACCCUGAAAUUGCUGUGAAAAUCAUGGCUCGCAUCUGCAUUGAAGCAGAAUCAUCCCUGGACUAUGGUGCUAUCUUCAAAGAGAUGAUAAGGUCCACUCCUUUGCCAAUGAGUCCAUUGGAAAGUCUUGCAUCUUCAGCUGUCCGCACAGCUAACAAGGCCAGAGCAAAACUCAUCGUUGUGCUGACACGCGGCGGGUCUACUGCCAAGUUAGUUGCUAAGUACAGGCCAGCAGUUCCAAUCUUGUCUGUGGUGGUUCCGGUUUUGACGACAGACUCAUUUGAUUGGACCUGCAGUGAUGAGACACCAGCAAGGCACAGCUUAAUUUACAGGGGCUUGAUUCCUGUAUUGGCUGAGGGAUCUGCUAAAGCUACUGAUGCAGAAUCUACAGAAGUGAUUCUGGAAGCUGCUCUUAAGUCAGCAACAAAAAAGGGGCUUUGCGUACCUGGUGAUGCAGUUGUUGCACUACAUCGUAUUGGAGCUGCCUCUGUUAUCAAGAUCUGCAUAGUUAAAUGAUGCAUUAUACGCAGACUGUGUUGUUCUCCUGAUGCCAUAACACCAACUGAUGCAGAGUUAUAUUUUGGCUUUUAAUUAAUUAAACUUUAUGCUGUUUUUUUGUCCAUUAUAAAAUGGAAGGUUUAGCUAUUAGCUUUAGAUUGAGCGAGUUUUGGUAUUCUCUGACUCUGUUACUUAAUAUUGCGGUGUACUUCAAAAUUAGUUUGUUAUGAAAAUAAUCCGCAGUUCUUGCUUUCUAA